AUGAUCGACAAGGCCGUCACCGAGCCCGACUGGUCAGAAAUGUAUGCGGACCUCUGCCAGCUGCUGCAGUGGCGCAGCGUGGCGCCCUACGGCGACCCCGAAACGAUCAGGAAGACUGCGUUCAUGUUGAGUCUUUUGACGAGAAUUCAGGAGGAGUUCGAGGCGAUGCCGUCUGUGUUGCAGCCGCGGGUGUGCGGGAGCGCGGAGGAGCAGCAGCAAGAAGAGGCUCGGCUGAAGCGGCGGGUGAUGGGAGUUGUGAAGUUGAUUGGAGAAUUAUUUCAUCGGAAACUCUUGGGAUUCAAAGUGGUCAACGAUGUUGUUGUGGAACUGGUGAUGCGCAGCGAACAGCCAGACGAACACCUCGUCGAGUGCUUCUUGCAGCUCAUCGCCACUGUCGGUUACUUCAUUGAUCAAAAUCCGAAACUGAAGAUUGUGCUGGACAGUUGGUUUGGGCGUUUGCGGGAACUCCAAAGCAAAAGCUGCUACUCCAAGAGGAUCAAAUGUGUUAUUCAGGACACUAUUGAUAUGCGGCGGGCGGAAUGGCGCAAAAAAAUUCACAAGGAAAGAGCCAAGGCCUUGGACGCAUUGCAUGACCAACUUGAGACAGAAGAAGUGCUGGGCGGAGCUGUGCACGCGGCGCAGUAUGGAAACAUAAUUGUAGUGGGGGAGAGGACUAAUUUGAACGGCCAGUACUUGGAUUAUUUGAAGGAGCAGGAAAACAAAUACCAAGAAAGAGUGAAAAACCGAUUGGCCGCAGCUGCGGCGCGCGGCAGCGCAACAAUGAAUAAAUAG